AUGGAGGGUUAUGGAGGAGGUUAUGGACGGUAUAGAGAAGGUUAUGGACUGGGUUCUCCUUCUGAGAAAUCCAGAGGGUUUGCUCGCAGUGCAGUAGUAGCUGCAGCUGGAGGUGCGGUGGCAGGAACGGCCCUGGGCUAUGGGUUAGGAGGGUUCCCCCGUCCUCACUUUAAUGUCCGCAGCCCUCAAGAGGAGUAUUAUUACAAACACUACAUGCACAGGAACCAUGGGUCCAAAACCAAUACUAAAAAAAAUACUAAUACUAAUACCAAUACCAAUACUACUGAAUACAGCAGCGACAAAGGAGGACAUGCCGUAUUUACUCAACCCGUUCAGAGUUAUGAAGACUACAUGGAUGCCUGUAUGAAGAGGUCUGACAUUCUGCCGGUGAAAACUCAAAAGCCCCAAAACAAACCAGGUACAACUGCCACAGCUACGACCAAAACUAACACGUCUACUCCCGUGACAUCAGAGAGCAACGACACUGCCACAGAAAACCCCUCGACUCCUACCCCUACAAGUCCAGGCCCUCCAAAUCAGCCCGAAGAAGAUGACACGGUCAGCAUUGUGGAGAUCGGCUACCCGGCACUGAUCAAGCAGGUGAAAACCAGCAGAUGCUUGGAGUUGUACAUGGCUUACUCCAUGAAGUACAUGAGACAGGAAGGGCCCAAUGACUGGAGUACAGGAGGGGUAGAAGGAGUGGAGAUGGGCUUUCAAAGGCUUUUAGCAGUAGUUACAAGUGCUAUACUGAUGCUACUUAACAGCAAUGUACCUGUGCUGCUGCACUGAGAUGUUCAUUUGACAUUAUGGAGAAUAUGUUCAUGAAUAAGUAAAGAUGAAAGAUGAUAAGAUGAAAAAUAACUUGGUCGAAAGGAACCUGUAAUCCUUUCUUUAUUUUGUGCUGAUGUCUGCUUUGAGAUUUUAUACUUUAUUUUAUACUUUAUGCUUCAUAUAAAGCAAACAUUGAUGGCACAGAUGGCACUGACUUGUGAUUACAGGAGGAAUUAUAAUGGUUACAAAGCCUUUUCCUGUAACUGUAAAACAAAAUGAGCUACAGAGUUGUUUCUUAUGGGAGGAUGUGAAUGUUUUCAUGAAUCCUAAAGGCUUGCAC